CGGAAGUGGAAUGUGCCCUGCACACUUCCUGGACACGCAUCACCCGGUCAUUCAAGCAGCUCUGUUCCUGACUCGCAGGGGUCGAUGGUCAUUCAUUAGUGCGGCUCUAUCUCUUCCGCACGGUUUAUGAUUGUGUCUGUGCUGCACAGGCUGAAGAAGCUCCCGCGCGCGGUGCACAGGCUGAGUGUGAUGAUGAUGAAGCCGCAGGUCGUGUUUGUUUUGGGCGGGCCUGGCGCGGGGAAGGGGACACAAUGCGCGAGAAUCGUGGAGAACUACAGCUACACUCACCUGUCUGCCGGAGACCUGCUGAGAGAGGAGCGCAGCCGCAGCGGCUCCGAGUUUGGGCAGCUCAUCGACACAUACAUCAAAGAGGGCAGAAUAGUUCCUGUUGAAAUCACCAUCAGCUUGCUGAAAAAGGCAAUGGAAGAGACCAUGAAAGCCGAUGAAAAGAAUUUCCGCUUUCUUAUCGAUGGUUUCCCACGAAACCAAGACAACCUGCAGGGAUGGAACACUGUCAUGGACGGGAAGGCGGAUGUCAAGUUUGUGCUUUUCUUUGACUGUGGUAAUGAGGUUUGCAUCGACAGAUGUUUAGAGCGUGGGAAGAGCAGCGGACGCACCGAUGACAACAGAGAGAGUCUAGAGAAAAGGAUCCAGACGUACCUCCAGUCCACACGGCCCAUUAUAGAGCAGUACGAGAAGCAGGGGAAGGUGCGCACGAUUGAUGCCUCCCGAUCAGUGGAUGAGGUGUUUGCAGAUGUGAAGAACAUCCUGGAGAAAGAAGGCUAGACGUCCACAGCAAAAAUCCAAAUUCUUGAAAAUUAAGGUGUCUGUUUAUCGUCGGCAGUGCUAUGCCUUCAUGUACCGAUAUAUACAUUUUUACUCAUACAGCAGUAAAAUAGUUUUUUUUUUUUUUUUUUUUUUUUUUUUUUUAGAUGCAAGAGAGUGUGAGCUUAUAUCCAUGUUUGUAAGUCUGAAAGCAAAACACUUCUGCUGAGCAAGCGGUCCUUACUUGCUCAGUAUUAGUGAUGAAGAACAAUAUUUCAUUAGAGAAUCAAGCAAGCUUGAGCAAUAAUGUUCAGGGCACUUCUGUAGGAAGAGAACAUGCACGCUUCUGCUCUUUACUUCAGGAUAAUCUUCCAUUAAGUGUAUAUGUUCCUAUUGGCUCCUGCACUUAACCGUUUCAUUCUCUAAGCUCUAAAUGACCAACAGGAAGUAAGAGUGUUUGAGUAGAUUUCCAGACCUGUUUGUGUUAUAUUUGGUGACCUGUUUCUCAUUGUUUUGUAUAAUAAUCCACAGCAGGUUCUGAGGACCGUUUGCUGGAGAGCUGAGUUUUAGCUGUAUGUUUUUCUUUUAUCAUAUUGUGGCUGCUGUAUUACAAACACAUGCCAUCUUUGCUCAGGCAGUAGAUUUUAAGAUGUGGGGAAUGGGGGCUCAUGCUUUUAUUUGAUUGUCUCAGCAUCUCAGUGUUGUUCAUGAAGAAACUGAAUCUGUCAUAUUGAUGUGACCGUUCCAUAGAUAACACAAAACUGUAUGUGAAAUAUCAAGGAUGACAGAACCCACUGAAAAAAAAAUAAAUAAACAUUUUGAUGUUGAAUGUC